AUGCAAGUCCCCAGAGGCGACGGUACCCAAGGCAAGGGCAAUGGCACUCGAUUGCCCAAGGAAACACUCGAUCUCUUGGACGCUGUUGACUUUAGUGGCAAGACAAUCUUGGUGACCGGAACUACCAAUGGCCUUGGAGAGGCUGUCAGCAAGCAUAUUCUUGUCCGCAAAGUCGAUAGGCUAAUCAUGGGCGUCCGGAAUGUGCCUCGAGCUGCAAAUCCCAAUGCCAACAUUGAUGUCUUUGAGCUUGAAAUGGAAGAUUACGGGAGUGUUGCGGCAUUUGCUGCUAAAGUUCAAGAGACGACACCUACACUCGAUGUUGCCGUCAUGAACGCAGCUGUUGGUGGCGUGCAGUACAGUGUUGCAAAGCCGACUGGCCAUGAGAAGAUGCUACAGGUAGACGUGCUAUCUACUACUUAUUUGGCCCUCAAAUUGAUUCCUCUUCUUGAGAAGACGGCUGAAGUCAAGGGUGCACCAAGCCGUCUAGUCAUGGUUGGCAGCUGGACGCAAUUUGGCACCUCCAUCGCUGAGAAGAAACUCACUCACGAUGUGAUCAAGCAUCUCGACGACGAAGCCAAUUUUGAUCCUCGCAGAUAUCCUGAUACGCAACUUCUCAACGGCCUAAUUACUAAUGAAUUGGGCCAGCGUCUUGACAAGAAGAAAGUUAUUGUAGUUGAGCCUACUCCUCCGUGGACUCUCACAAACUUUGGCGCAAGCUAUCCUGAUGGACCAGCUAGGCAGGCUGCCAGAAAGAUGAUGGAUGAAGUUGGAUUGCCAGUCGAUGAAUCUGCGUUGACUUACAUUGUUGCCAUUGUCGCUGAUGACGAUGUUCAUGGCCAAUACCUCGACGAUAACAUGAUUGCUCCUCGCUCCCCUUACUCUCUGAGCUCUGAUGGCCAAACUUUGCAAAAGGAGCUCUGGAAGGAACUUGUGGAGGAGUUUGAGAAAGUUGACCCUACGAUUAGCUCAGUCUCUGUCAUUUAA